UACCCUAUUAUUUAACUUUCGGUACGGAAGGACACUGCUGUUAUAUUAGGAAAAGGCAAAUUUUACAAGGCAUAAUGGCGAACGCUGCACCACCUUCAUUGGACUGGCAAACUGGGAAAACACUGUCAGAGUGUUUUGACCAUAUCCUCAUUUCCGGUAUAGCUAGCGACGUCACAUUUCUUGUCGGCGAAGACAAGAAAAAAAUUUCCGCUCACAAACUGGUCCUCAUCAGCCGAAGUCCCGUGUUUUAUGCCAUGUUUGAGGGUCCAAUGGCGGAGAAAGGGGAGGUAACCAUUCCGGAUACCUCUGAAGAUGCUUUCCGGAUAUUUUUGAGGUAUCUGUAUACAGACACAAUCGACCUAACAGAGAAGAACACAGUACCGGUUUUAAGUGUUGCCAGGAAAUACUGUGUAGAUAUUCUUGUUUCACGGUGCGAGGAGUUUCUGAACCAAACUGUGUCUGUAGACAAUGCUUGUCUGUUUCUGGAGCUAGCUCACGAGUUCCUGAUGGAAAAUCUUAAAACGGAAUGCCUUCAAUUGAUUUCUUACUCCCCGGACGAAAUACUACAGUCCUCAUCGUUUGCUGACCUGUGUCCGAGCUGUGUGGUCAGUAUUACCGAGUCUGAUGACCUACAAGCAUACGACGAGAGUGACGUGUACAAUGCCGUCUUAAUGUGGGCAGAGGCGGAAUGUAAACGACAAAACCUGAAAGCCACAUCUGAUAACAAAAGGAAUGUCUUAGGAGAUAUCCUCUACACUGUCCGGUUUUCUGUGAUGGAUGAUGAUUUUUUUCAAAAAAAGGUUUGCCAUCACAAGGUACUUCCUGCUGAGGAUGCCAUUCAAACAAUCAACUAUCGACAUCACCGGGAGAAGGUCUCAGGCAGCAAACUUAAUCAUAACGAGAGAAGAAUUGAUAGGAUAAAAGGAAAAGUAUGGCGUGUUAAGGGAUUCGUACACGAUGAUUGGGUUUAUGGAAUGGAGUCGGUGUCGUUUACAGUAUCUGACAAUAUACGCUUACUAGGAUUUGGAUCAUUCUACUCCCUCGGUGACAAUACUGUCAAUGUAGUCAUUUACGAAAAUAACGAAGUUGUUUACAAAGCUGAUAAGAUAUCUCGGGUUAAAAGCGAAUCCGAUGAUAUUGGGGAAGUUUUGUUGAAGGGCAGCAAGUGCAUCCAUCUCAAACCUGACAAUGUGUACACUAUAACAGAACAUACAUAUUAUAAUAGAAAGUGUUACAGCCAACAGACACUCGGCGAUACAUUGCAGUGCAAAGGUACAACGAUCACAUUUCAGACACCUUUUGUUACUUUGCCAAACGUCAAAGGACACAAUAGAAAUCAAGUGCCAUAUUUGUUGAUGAAAUGAAGUUGAAUUAAUAAUUACAUUUCGGAGUAGAAAAUCAUUAUGGUGCAGUCACAUCUGUUAACAGUCUGUAUAUUUGUUUAGAAACAUUGUCACAGCCUCGGUGUUUUAUAUCCGAAGAAAAACCGUUCCGACUUGUUAAGUUGUUUUGCUACCUAAACUUGCUUAUCUAUUUAAUGUAGCAUAUAGUAAUAUACGGAAUAUACAUACAUAUUUUCACAAUAAUUUAAUUUUCACAAGCAUAGCAUGCCCUUAUUAAAUUUAAUUUUCACAAGCAUAGCAUGUCCUUACUAUGAUAAUUCGAACCCUGGACCUAUAUAUGAUCAAUCAGGAUUCUUUUUAAUAGUGCUAGCAUUAUGAAAUUUUAUAAAAAUGUCAUAUUAAGUUUUUACAAAUAGGAAAAUCAAUUAACAGUACAGAAAUAUAUUAUGAGUCAAAAUAGUGUAACGUUCAUAGUUUGGUACGUUAUUGGGGACAUCAUGGGCUGCUGCCCUGAUACAGGUAGAGGACAUGUUACGGUGUAGUGGUCCGGAUUGUCUCGUGUUACUGUAUCGCUCCUAUUGGAAUACAUUAUAGUGAAUCGUUCCUAUUUGAUUUUAACAAGUUAAGCUGUCUUGUAUAUCGUUUGUUUUAUGAAACAAAACAUGAUAUUGUAUCGUUCUUGUUUGAAUAUAUGUCAUAGUAUUGCGUUAUUGAUUUAGCAAAUCAUAGAUUAUCAGAUUAUUUUAUCAUAAAACAUAAUAGUGCAUCGUUCCUGUUACAAAAGUCAUAUUAUCAUUUUUCAUUUAGCAAAUUAUAUAUGGUAAAGCGUGUCUUUUUUAUACAAUGUAUUUAUACAUGGUAAUAUAUCGUUGUGUAGCACUUUUGGUUGGACAUAUUACAUAACGUUAAGCGGUUCUUU